ACGAAAGCUUCGCUUAGAAAAUCGAAAUAAAUCUAUAAAAAUAAUGGAGAAGAAGGCGAAGGAAAUUUCGAAUACGGCUCUGGUGUUUUUAGCGUUAUAUAAGACUUUUCUUUUUCUGCUGGAGAGGAAUAUAAUAACAACACCAAGAGAUAAGCAGAGGAAGUGAAAUUAUGGGUUUGAAGGGGAUUUUAGGUUUCGAAUACGGAAUAGUUCAGGCGCCGUUAGGGCCAGAUAUCUCCGGACCAGAGCUUGUAGCCGCCGUCGCUAAUGCCGGAGGGAUCGGUCUUCUCAGAUGUCCUGAUUGGGAGUGUCCUGAUUACUUGAGAGAGCUUAUAAGGAAGACAAAGACAUUGACAGACAAACCAUUUGGGAUCGGUGUUGUUCUUGCGUUUCCUCAUGAGCUGAACAUAAAGGCAAUCUUAGAAGAGAAGGUCGCUGUGUUGCAGCUUUAUUGGGGUGAAUGUUCAAAGGAGCUUGUGGAUGAUGCUCACCGUGCCGGAGUCAAAGUUGUUCCUCAGGUGGGGAGUGUGGAAGAAGCUAGAAAGGCCGUUGCUGUAGGAGUAGACGCCAUUAUCGUCCAAGGGAAUGAAGCAGGAGGGCAUGUAAUUGGCAAGGAUGCUCUAUUUUCGUUGUUGCCAAGAGUGGUUGAUUUGGUUGGGGAAUGCGGUAUUCCUGUCAUCGCUGCUGGAGGAAUCGUGGAUGCACGUGGUUAUGUUGCAGCCUUGUCACUUGGUGCUCAAGGGGUUAGUCUAGGCACAAGGUUUGUGGCGACUCAUGAGAGCUACGCACACCCUAUAUACAAGAGGAUGUUGGUGGAAUAUGAAAAAACCGAAUACACAGAUAUCUUUGGAAGAGCAAGGUGGCCUGGUGCGCCACAACGUGUUCUGGAGACACCAUUCUUCGACGACUGGAGAUCCCUCUCGGCUGAUGAGAAUGAAGUUAACCAGCCUAUUAUUGGACGUUCCACCAUACAUGGCGUCGAAAAGGAGAUAAGAAGAUUUGCAGGAACAGUACCAAACAUGACAACGACGGGGGACUUGGAGAGUAUGGCGAUGUAUGCAGGCCAAAGCGUAGGCCUCAUCAAAGAGAUUUUACCGGCUGGAGAGGUAGUGAAAAAUCUUGUGGAAGCAGCUCAGCUUCUGAUCCUCCAAAAGUUCAAAAAUGCUACAUGAUGCCCUCAAAUCAUGAUUAAAAAAAAAAACUUUACUGCUUUUUUGGAAUUGAUAUGAGAUUAGUCUCAUCAAAUAUAAUAAGGUACCCCUUCCGGAUAUCUUUUGUAAAAAGUUGUUUUCAUCAUGUGUAUUACUCGUUAUGGUAUUGAAUCAUCAUGUCUGUUGCGAUUA